UUCCCCUCACACGCAAAAGCUUCCCCUCCAUGGGCACCUUCGCCUCCUCCCCAUCCUCCUCCGCCUCCCCCUACCCCGGACUCCGCUCGCCCUUCGACUCCGCCGCCGACGCCUCCCUCCCGCAGCAGGCACUGGACUGUGGAGCCUCGAGCGAUGCUGCUGCCCUCCUGCCCGCUACAUGUUCGAGGAAAUGCCUUGGAUGUGCAGAUCCCAAGAAACGCUAGGAUUAGGCGCUUUGCGGGGUCCCUUUUAGCUCCCCUCUAACAGUUUGUGGCUCUUCGUUUUGGCGUGCUUGUUUUCCCGUGAUUUGUGGUGUGUAAUUUGGUACAGGGUCUACUGAGAAAUCAAGAAGUUGCUAGGUUUGGGCCUCCUCGGCAGUUGGUUUUUGUGGUUUUUGGUGCUUUUAUGGGAGUUCCCGUCGCGCGGAAGUCCGAUUCUUGGGUUACCGACCUUGCGAUGACGGACUGCGGCGGCGGCGACCGCUCCGACCUCGGCGUCCGGCCUAUUAACGGUGGCCGAGGUGCUGCUGUGGAGCAGCGCGGUGACGGGUUGGAUGGGGCUACGAUGUCCCCACCGGAGCGUGUCCCCACACCGUCUUCGUCGAGGUCUGCUGGGUGGCGGCGUUUCUCCUCACCUGGUCCUCUCCGAUGCUCAACGCCAGGGAGUAUUGGUUAUGAAGACGGUGAGGACUCUGACCGAGACCGGUAUUUCUCCCCGGGCAGUGAGUUUUCUCAAGAUACUUCUGAUACGGAUUCCAUGAGCACAAGUAUUAGUAGGCUGUACACAUUCAGGUUGGGAAAUUCGAGCCCGUUAUAUAGUCCUAUGAAACGAUCGGGACAAGUAGGCACAAGUCCUCCCUCCGGGAUAAAUGGUGAUGCCAGCCAAAAUUCUCCUAUAUACUCAUUGAAUUCUGGCCAUGGCUACGAUGAUGGUGAUUAUUUGAUGGGUUCACCCAAUUGCGAUGAUGAACAUCAUGACAAUAUUAUACAGCCAAUUGAUUUUGAGAGUAAUAAUGGACUCAUAUGGCAUCCUCCGCCGCCUCAAGAUGAGGGUGAUGACUCCGAAAACAGUUUCUUUCAAUACGAUGACGAUGAUGAUGACAGUGCUAUUGGUGAUGGGAAGACCUUUGAACGUGUUAACCAUGAGUAUGGUGGUAGUGAGGAUUUACCAGGGACCAAAGGAAAACAGAAUAUAGCUCAUAAAGAGUUCUUAAGGAAUGCUUUACAUGGGCAUUUCAGGGCUCUUGUGUCCCAAUUGCUCCAAGGUCAUGGAGUUGACCUCGUGGAUGGAUGGUCGGACAUAGUAUCCUUAUUAGCAUGGCAGGCAGCUACCUUUGUGCAGCCAGAUACAAGCAAAGGUGGUAGCAUGGAUCCCACCAACUAUGUCAAAGUUAAAUGUGUAGCAUCAGGGACUCCCAACGAUAGUACUUUCAUUAAAGGCGUUGUUUGUUCUAAGAAUGUAAAACAUAAACGAAUGGUGUCAAAGCAUGAGAAUCCUAGAAUUCUUCUUUUGGGAGGAGCACUGGAACAUCAAAAGGUUACAAACAAACUAGCAUCGAUAAACAGCAUUCUUGAACAGGAAAAGGAAUAUCUUAAGAAUGCUGUUGCAAAGAUAGAGGCCCAACGGCCUCAUGUCUUGUUGGUUGAAAAGAGUGUGCCGAUGUAUGCUCAACAGCUUCUUGCAAAAGAUAUAUCUUUAGUACUGAAUGUCAAGAGAUCACUUCUAGAACGGAUAUCACGCUGCACAGGUGCUAAAAUUGCUUCAUCCAUUGACAAUGUCACUUCAGCAAGACUUGGACAAUGCCAAGCUUUCUGGAUUGAAAGAGUUGCAGAAUCUUUAGCCCCGAAGGACUCUAACAGAAAAUCUAUCAAGACACUGAUGUUCUUUGAUGGUUGUCCAAGACGCUUGGGCUGCACGGUCCUCCUAAGGGGCACAUCCUAUGAAGAGUUAAGGAAGGUCAAACUUGCUCUGCAAUUUGCUGUAUUUGCAGCAUAUCAACUAUCACUGGAGACUUCAUAUCUUGCAGAUGAGGGUGCAACACUACCAAAGACCCCUUCGGAUCUUCCAACUCGUCCACUUGAGAAGCAUAUGAAUGGUGGAGAUAUUUCCUCAAGUAAUUCUCGGCAGAAUUUGAAUGACCUUCAAAUCAUUGGUGACAGAACUUCAGAAAAGGGCUGCAUUGUGCCUCUAAAUUUCCUUGAUGGUUCUUCAAAAGUGUUAACUAUCGACCAAUCCCUUUUGAAACCUAACUUUGGUCAGGAAGAAUACAUUCCUGGAACUGAUGACAAGUUUUCUCAUCCCCCAACAUUGUUUAUCGAUAAUGAUUGUGAAUCACCUCUAGUUGGAAAAGGGACACCAACAGAUUUGCAAUACCCUGAUGACGUUCAUCGAGAUGAGAUGGUUGGUGGGAUUUAUAGAGUUGAAAGUGAGCUGGACAAUGGUUGCCAUCAUACAUCAGACGAAGAACAUGCAGGAGUAACCGUACCUGAUCAUAACGAGAACCCCACCGAGUAUUUCUCAACAUCCGAGAAUGCACAGAGCAUUUUGGUUUCCUUGUCCGUUGCAUGCCCUCAGAAAAGAAUUGUAUGCAAGCAAUCUCAGCUCUUUCGUAUAAAGUUCUACGGUAAUUUUGAUAAGCCACUUGGGAGGUAUUUUCGUGAAGAUUUAUUUUGUCAGACUUCGUGCUGUGAAUCUUGCAAAGAACCUGCAGAAUCUCAUGUCCAAUGUUAUACUCAUCAACAAGGCAGUCUUUCAAUAGGUGUUAGAAAUCUUGAAUCUGUAAAGCCGUUACCUGGACGGAAUGAUGGGAAGAUAUGGAUGUGGCACAGGUGCCUCCGUUGCAAACAAAAAAAUGGAAACCCUCCGGCAACACACAGAGUAGUGAUGUCUGAUGCAGCAUGUGGACUUUCUUUUGGGAAGUUUCUUGAACUUAGCUUUUCGAAUCACACAACAGCCAAUCGAGUUGCCUGCUGUGGACAUUCCCUCCAGAGGGACUGUCUUCGUUUUUAUGGGUUCGGAAGCAUGGUUGCUGUCUUCCGUUAUUCUCCUGUGGACAUCCUAUCUGUCAACUUGCCACCCUCAGUAUUAGACUUUGCUUAUCCAGUAGCACAAGAUUGGCUCAUUGAGGAGGCUGGUGAUGUAGCCAAUAGGAAGGAUAACUUUUACAGGGUGAUUUUUGACAAUCUUGACUGCAUUGAAAAGACAGUUUCAGCCCAAGAAGAUGUGAGCAUGAAGGCGGGCUUGUAUAAACAUGUUGUUGAUCUGAAAGAUCUGAUUAAAGUUGAGUGGAAGAAAUAUGACGUUUUGUCGGGGUUUGGUAGCAUACAGAACUUACAAACAAUUGGAGAACCUGUAGAUGUUCUAGAGCUCAACCGCCUGAGGCGAGAGCUUGUACUUGAUGCACAUGUAUGGGAUCGCCGUCUGCACAUGAUGCACUCACUCACCAAGAAAAACUGUACUGCGGCAACUGAUCCACAAUGUCCUAAGAAGUUUCCUGAAAGCGUGUUAGAGGAUUCAAAGGCUGAGAUUUCCAGCACACAGGAGAAUAUGGAGAAGUCACUAGAAUAUUCUCAGUCAAGUUCUUUUAUCAUGGAUAGUGGGAAGCCAUUGCUCAGAAGAGAACAUGGUGACACAACUGUGUCACAUUCUGGGUUGACCAACAUAGAUGAAGUAUACCACCAGUCUGUUGAAGGCUCUGCUAGUUCUGCUGGUCUCCACAUUGUCCCGCACCCAUGUGAAGUACAGAGCAAUGGGGUGGUGGCUGAUGAACUUAAGCUUGAGAAGACAUUGGAGAAGUCAGAGUCUUCUCCAUCAAAUCUUUCUGAUAGAAUUGACUUGGCAUGGACUGGCUCUGGCGUUGAGACACUUCUAGUCGCACCUACUGCUCUGAUGAAUGGCUCCUCAUACCAGAAUGUUAUGGCUCCAAUUAGAAUUAAAUCAUUUGAUUCUGGAAUCAAUUUCAGAAAUGGGUUAUCACCUGUCGACGAUUCAAAUGUAAGCAUAAGAAGAGCUUAUUCCCAAAGGCCUCCUAGGGCGCUUGAGAGAACAGGCAGGGGUUUGUCCCCGACCUUCACAAAUAAGCUGUCACUUCCUGGUAUGGUUGAUGGUGAGGGUCGUUUCCUUCUAUCACAAAGUGUUUCAGAUGUUGUUGUUCCAGUGUAUGAUGAUGAGCCAUCCAGUAUGAUAGCCCAUGCCAUGACUGUUCCAGGAUAUCGUAGUUUCAUGUUGCCAGUGCUGAAUCUGCAUAAUGAAUUGGACAGACCUAGUGUUUUGAACUCUCUGGAUCAGAAUUCUACUUCUAGAAGCUGGUCAGAUGUAUCUCAAAUGAAUUCCAAGGAUACUCAUUUGACGGUUUCUUUUGAGGAUGAAGACUCAUGUUCUGUGGAUAAGGCAAAAUUUUCUGUCAUAUGUUAUUUUGCAAAGCAGUUUGAUUCAAUCAGAAAAAAGUGUUGUGCAGAUGAACUGGAUUACAUUCGUUCUUUGAGCCGGUGCAAGAGAUGGAGUGCUCAAGGUGGCAAGAGUAAUGUAUACUUUGCCAAGACACUGGAUGACAGAUUUGUCAUAAAGCAAGUGACACGGACGGAAUUAGAUUCAUUUGAGGACUACGCAACUGAGUACUUCAAAUAUAUAACAGAGUCUGUAUCCUCUGGAAGCCCAAUUUGCCUUGCUAAAGUUCUUGGUCUUUACCAGGUCGUUGCCAAGAACAUGAAAGAUGGAAAGGAACUGAAGAUGGAAUUAAUGGUCAUGGAAAACAUAUUUUUCAAGAGGAAGGUAUCAAGAAUAUAUGACCUGAAAGGAUCCCUGCGUUCCCGUUACAACCCUGAUACAUCAGGAAACAACAAGGUUCUCUUAGAUCUCAAUCUAUUAGAGACACUUCAUACAAAACCCAUUUUUCUUGGAAGCAAAGCAAAAAGAAGGCUGGAACGAGCUGUCUGGAAUGAUACUUCUUUUCUGGCAUCGGUGGGUGUGAUGGACUACUCCCUCUUGGUUGGCAUCGACGAGGAGAAGAAAGAGCUGGUGAUGGGGAUCAUUGACUAUCUCCGCCAGUACACGUGGGACAAACAGCUGGAGACCUGGGUGAAGGCGUCGGGGAUUCUAGGGGGCUCCAAGGAGGGGAUGCCCACGAUCAUUUCUCCAGACCAGUACAAGAAGAGGUUCAGGAAGGCCAUGUCAAAGUACUUCCUGACUGUCCCCGACCAAUGGUCACCUUGAAUCGUCGCCACUUGAUGCCUACUAUUAUUUGCCUAUUCGAGUGCAAGAUGGGGUGAUAGCAACUGGGAAGCGGCACAUUGUUUUCUUUCUAUUUUUUCUUUGGUUUUGUUAGAAUAGUCGAUCAAUCUGCGCCUUUUGUAUGUUAUUUUUGCUCACAUCAGGCUGGACUGGGGUCGCUGGAGAGGGCGUAAGGUAAAGGUUGUCCCCAUCCAGGCAGAGCCUAGGGAUCGAUAUGUGUAUAUUAUAUAUAACAAUGCUACACUGUAACAUGAAAUGAAAUGCAGAGAAAUUAAAAUGCGUGAGUUUCCUUACAAA